ACAUCUGAUAGGCUAGUUACCUCGAACCCGGAAAUUCGAAGGAGUAUGGAUUGUAAACAAAACGUUGAGGAGAGGAUAGUGGACACAUCAGACCUCCAAACAGGUUUAUUCGACGUCACGGAACAAACUAAUCAGCUUAAAAUGUUUAGCAUGUUGGACACAGCUGCAGAGCAAAUGAUGGUCCACAAAGACUUCCAGGCAGCUUUUGACACAUGCGACAGGGGCCUGGAGAGCCUCGCCAAUAUGGAGCAAGAGGACAACAGGUUUGGAGAGUUUAAGGCAGGCUUCUGUAUUUUAGGGAUUCAAGCACUGGCUGAGCUGAACCAGUGGCAUGGUGUCCUGUCUUGGGUCCUCCAGCAGUACGAGCACCAGGAGAAAAUACCAGCUAAAAUAAUGCAGAUGUGCAUACUUCUUUACUCCAAGGUAGGAGAGCCAGCCGCGAUGCAGGACGCAGCCAGAGUUUGGUUACACUGCCCGUCCAACAGCAGAGUAACGGGGUUCGGGACGGUGGCGGAGCUGUACCUGCUGCAUGUCCUUGUGCCUCUUGGACACAGAGAUGAGGCUCUGGAGCUCAUCGUCGGCGAGGUUGGAAGUGGUGCGUUCACAGAAGACCAGAGGCAGACUGCACUGGACGUUGUAGAAAAGAGACAGAAUGAAGAACCGCCUCUAGAUCCCGAGAUCAGUCCAAACUCUGAGAUCCCUGCACACACCGUCUCAACUCAAGGAUCUGUAAUCCGUAAACUUGAAGCCAUGCUCAGGUGUUUGUACAGAAAAGUGUUGAUGACCAGCUCUGGCUCAUUCUCUCUGCGGAGAGUCUUUCUGGCUGCCGUCCUUCUCUACAUGCUUCUUCUCCGGAUGGAUCCAGCUCAUCCGUCUUCAUUCAUGUGGAUUUCCAAACUUCUCCAGCUGCUCAGACAGACGUGGAGUGAUAUGUUCGCACCGUACUAUCAGGCUCUCACUCAGAGACCGUAAAAGACUGAAGAUCACAAUAUGUUUUGUCCAUCAUUUUAAAAUUAAUUUUCACUUUGUUGGAAUGUGGUUUGUGUCCCCCCUUUUCAAGUUUCAUCAAACCUGUUUAAAUCUUUUAUUAAAACUCAAAUAAAGACAUUUGAAUUUGC